GGCAAAUUGCUGCAUCAGCUCUUGAAACGGUAAAGAGGGUCCAGCCUACCUUGCCGUCAUUCCACAUAAGUGUGCUUAAAAGGAAAUGGUGCCAUUAGGCUACCUAGGUACCUAAGUACCUACCCCGGCUCUCAGUAGCAAUGCACAACUAUUACCGGAGCACUCACACAAAUAUUUGCGGCCAUAAAUUGAACAUAAAAACUCAAAGUUCCCCAGAUACAAUCAGAGUUCUAAUCAGACACAGUGACGGGCAACUUUUUCGUGACAUCGAGCUAGAAAUUUUGCUAUGCAUCCCGUGGUCGCGAAAUGACACUCAUUACUCAGCAGUCUUUGGCUAUAGCAGCCCUGGUUGGUUUGGCCAACGGUUUCGGGUUGGAUCAGACCUGCCUCGACAUCAAAGGCAAUAUUUCCAGCUCGAGCGAUAUCAUCAUUAGCCCGCUUGAUGCAAGGUUCGCCAUCGAUAUUGACCACUGGUUUGCAUCGUCCAGCCAAAAGCCAGCUUGUGUCUUUGAGCCCGGGACACCCGAGGAUGUCUCCAUUGCGAUUGAUAUCAUAGCGCAGUCACAGACACCUUUCGCGCUCAAGAGUGGCGGACAUACCUCCAACCCCGGUCAUUCGAGCACACCGGGUGUGCACAUCUCCUUCGCACGCAUGAAGCAGGUCAAACUAUCCGAAGACAAGUCAAGUGUCGAAUUGGGGAUGGGUCUGAUUUGGGCUGAAGCAUACCAAGCGCUGUCCAAAGAAGGUGUCAACGUCGUUGGUGGCAGACUGUCCGGACCCGGCGUCGGCGGAUUGACUUUGGGCGGAGGGUAUUCCUGGAAAACAAAUCAAUUUGGGUUGACCUGUGAUACGGUCAAGACCUACAAUCUCGUGCUACCGAAUGGGACAAUUACUACAGCUUCCGCGAGCACCAACACGGAUCUGUUCUUCGCCCUCAAGGGUGGACUGAAUAGAUUCGGCAUUGUCACCUCCAUAGUCUACGAGACACACCCACAGCCGCCCCUGAUCUACGGCGGCCAACGAAUCUAUACCGCCGACAAAGCAGAUGCGCUCAUAAAAGCCACCGAGAUAUUCACUCGCACUGUCACAGACCCAAAGGCCCAGGUCAUCCUGACCCUGGAAGGAUUACCUGCGGUAGGUCUGAUACCAUACGUGCUCUUCUUCUACGACGGCCCGGACCCGGGUGCCAGCUUCGCCAUGUUUGACGGCAUCCUACCCGUCAACAGCGGGACGAUCAAGCAGCCUUUCUCGACCUUCGUGGGAGCGCAGGCGACGCAGCUACUGCAGAGCAGUCGUGGUACCUCGCAUACCGUCUCUGUGUCCGCCUUUACGGUCGAACUACUCGAGGUUGUUAAAAAGGAAGUUCAGAGCCUCACGGCUCAGCAGUUGCUGCAUGGCGGAUCUCUUGUAAGCGGGGGCGUCGACCCGUUCCUGGACUACGGCCGGUACGCCACAGACAGCGCGUUUCCUCAUGCGGAUUCGCCACUCCCGAUCAGCAUUUACUGCGCCUGGGGCUCGAGCACUGAAGAUGAGUUCUGGAUUAAUGCCGUCAAGCAAUCCGUUGCCAAUAUCAAACAGGCCGCAGUUCAGGCGGGGAUUUUCAAAGAGAGCUUCACCCCGUAUACAAAUUACGCGAUAGGAGAUACGACGGCUGAGGAGCUCUAUGGCACGACGAACUUGGCGCGACUCAGGUCUGUCAAGGCUACCAUUGAUCCACAUGACGUGAUGGAGUUAGCUGGAGGUUUCUCUCUAAAGUGACCUCCUUAGCCAUGGAAAAGACAACGUUGCGAUCCUAUUUUAAGCAAUCAUACACUUCGCACGUGUGCUCUAUCAAUCCAGUCGAUACGCUAGAUUAAUUUUCUUGUACCGCCAACCUUGUCCAAUAUCAGUACUCUUCACCC